AUGGAUCCCAAUCCUGCUCCUAACAGGGUCCCCAAUCAAGAUCCACUGACAUUCUCUGGCCAGGUGAUCAGCUAUCGCGCUCCGGUAGAGUUAGAAAUCCGAAAAGACGAGGACAACGUAUGGGGAGAUGGCCGAGAGGAAUGGGUUGUUCAAGACAUCGAGGGACUCGAUGGAGAAUCUUUCCCUUCUGCCCUCUCCGCAUGGAAAGGGCAAGAACUGCCUUCUCAUUAUUAUGAUAGCGAGUCACUUGACCCUUUUCAAUUGUACAACGUUCCCGCCGCCAAAGAUGGAUCCAAUGCCUCCACUUUCUCUUUUGGUGGUGCCUCACUUCAGCCGUCCACUAUCCUCACCAAGAGAUAUGAUCUCGAUUGGGAUGAAUCAGCUCCUCCUAUCAACACGUUCUCCCGACAUGUCACCUUGUUCGUCCCAACCCGCUCCAACAGUAACGUGCACGAUGUCUACUCCGGGACUGCAUCGGUGCAGCCAGACCUUCAGCACCUUGGGGGAGAUGGGUAUGCGACACGAGGAGAAAUUUGUGUCGCCGCGCCCAAGCGGUUUGAUCCAGUGCAAACAAUCUCCGUUACUACUGGCACUGUCCGAGGUGAAACCUCCUUUAAUGACAAAGGAGAGGGAGCUUAUGUUGAGAUUCUGCCAAGCGACUACAAGCAUUGGUUAGCACUCGUCGCUAGUACAAGAGUACCCUUGACCGUUAAUGGGACUCUUACGGUCUUCGAAUCUAUGCCUGAUUCUACUACGUAUGUGUAG